AUGGUAGCGGCGACUCGUUGUGAAUUCCGUCGGAACCCUGCUCACAUUCCCGUCGAGACCAUCAUUACGAAUGCUCAGAACUCCUUUGGCCCGUCCAUAGUGAACACGACAGACGUACAGUUCUUGCGGUACUUCCACAAAGAAUGCCGACUGGAUGCGUUCAAAUCAGCCAUGAUGGCAGGUGUUUGCGAGUACAUGGUCUCGAACUAUCCUUCGGUUCUGUUUCGAGAUUUGCGCUCCGGCUCUCCACCAGUGGAUACGUGCGCUGAUUGUGGAGUUUGCAUCGCUGUUACACCGCCUUCAGCACUCCACUAA